CCCAUGUUUGUUUUUGUUUACAAUUUGCUUACGAGUACCAAAAUAAUUUAAUUUUUAAACAUAAAUGAAUGAAAUCGAUAAGACAUGGCUGUAGAUUUAAGUCAUAAUAUUCGGUUUACACGUACUGAUGUUACAGCAGUGAAACUUCAUAAGGAAUAUGUUCUAGCAGGAAUUGGUAGCUCCCUUUACAUCUAUAAGAAGGAUACUUUGAAAGUUGUUUCAAUUCAUGAUAAAAUACUUGAGGGUCAAAAAAUAUAUGGGAUUGAGAUCUUUGAAGAUGGUUCAACGUUAUUAAUAUUCGGUGGUAAGCAGUAUAUAGUUUUAAAGAGGUCAAACCAAGAGUCCCAGUUAUUUGAUUUUUCUCCAGGAAGUACAGUUUGUGAUGAUUGGCUGCAUAGUGGGACUUGGUUGUCUAGCACCAAAGUUGCAUUGUUAACAGCCCAUAAUGUUGUCCAGAUAUGGGAUGUUUCAAAAACACCUCUCCUGAUAUCUCAAACAAUAGGCAAAGAUAACUCAAUCCUGUACAGUGGACUGUUAGUACCAUUGGCUGAUGAUGUCCUGGUAUUUAGUGGUACAGUUUUCUCACAGAUUAUCAUAUCUAGAUGCAAAAAGGAGAAACCUCUUCAUCAUUUAGACGGACAUAAAGGUGUUAUAUUUUCCAUAUCAUGCUGUUUAAAAAAAAGAAUAAUAGUGACAACUUCCGAUGACAGAUCUGUUAGAAUAUGGUCAGUUGGUGGUAUUGAAAAUUGUACAAUUGCCCAAUAUUGGGAUUGUGCAAGUAUCACUUGUGUACACGAACUAUAUGGUCAUAGCGCUAGGGUGAUGAGAAGCUGUAUAACUGAUCAAUAUAUUGUCUCAGUUGGUGAGGAUUCAUGUAUUUGCUUCUGGGGUGAUGGUAUUUUAUUAAAAAGAGUAAAUCACCAUCAAAACGCACCAAUAUGGUCAGUUAGUGCUGAUGGUGAUCAUUUAGUGACAGGAGGUGGUGAUUACGGAAUUAUUUUACACCCUUUAUCAACAGUUACAUCGUUUUCUGAUUCCGAGAUACUAAAAAUAAGUGAGGGUACUCCUAAAAAAAUAGUUUUCACUGCAAGAAGAAAUGUGGUGAUCUUAAAAGAAUGUGGUGAUUUGAUUUAUUAUAAUAUGAUUGAGAAAAAUGAAACACUCUGUGAAUUAAAACACGAAUCGACAUAUAUAAUGCUAAGUAUAUCUUUGUGCAAACAAAUUAUAGCAAUUGCAGAUAUGUGUGGUAAUUUAAAUGUUUUUAUAGAAAAUUGUAAAGGCCCUGCUUAUAUUUCUAAAAUAAUCAGUACUAAAUUGUCUAUAGAUAAAAUUUUAUCUAUGGAUUGGGCUGGGAAUAGACAAUUAAUAAUUUGCUCUGGAAGUGAGAUUUAUGUAAUAGCUGCUAAAAGCAAUGAUGUAGAGAUCAUCUCGAAACAUUGUCUACCGUAUUGCAAAGAGAGAUGGCUAACAGCUGCUAUGAUUGUAGACAAUCUAUUAGUUGUUGGAGAUAGAUGUGGAAAUAUUCAUUUUUAUAUGAAAGAAUUCAAUCCUAUUAAAACUUUUAAUAAAGUUCACGGUAGGUAUGGUCCUACAUCUAUAAAAAUGGAAUCAGAUGAAGUAAUAACAACUGGAAGAGACGGUACAAUAAAAUAUUUUUCAAUAUCAAAUAACGAAAAUCGUAUAAAAUUAAUAAGUUCACAGGAUGUAGGUUUUCCGUGGGUGGAAAAAUAUCUAAAUAAUGGUUUAAUAUGUGGUUUCCAAGAAAGAACCUUUGUUAUUACUAAUAAAAGAAAUAAUACAAAAAUAAUUGAAGUGCCAUGCGGUGGUGGCCAUAGAUCGUGGGACAUUGUUUCUUAUUUUGACAAAAUAAAUGAUAAAUAUGAAGACAUGAUAAAACUUAUAUAUUUAAAACAUUCCGAAUUAAAUAUAAUAACGUUUCAGUUAAGUAAAAUUGUAACUAGAGAUAUUAUAAAAGGUACACAUUCUAAAGAAAUAAAUUGCCUGAAAUCACAUAUCCUGAAGUUCGAUGGGACUAGAAUAUUAUUUAUUUCCGGUGGUGAAGAUACGACAUUAAGAAUAUCUACUUUUAUAGAAGAUAAUUACCAAGAUGAAGCUAUUUUAAAACAAUUGUCUAGUGUAAAAACUUUAAAAACGUAUAUCAUAAAUGACAAUAAACUUCUAAUUGUUUCUGGAGGAGGUAGAGCACAAAUUUGUAUUAAGUCUGUUAAUUUUAGUAAAAACAAUAACGAAAUUAAUAUCAAAGUAGAAGAAUUAGUUGAUUAUUUAGUUAAAGGUACAGAUAAAGAACGCAAAGGUGAUAAAACAUGGAGAAACUGUUCCAUCGAUUUUGAUCCAGAAACACGAAUUAUGGAUUUAGAAAUAAUUCAAACAGACAAAGACACUUAUAACAUAUACACAGGAUGUUCCGAUGCGUAUAUACGAAGUUUUCAAUUGCAAUACAAUGAAGAAGCAUCUUUUAGAUAUUUAGGACAAGUAAAAUAUCACAAAACUUGUAUUUUAAAAACACACUCUAUAAAAUAUUUUGAUCAAAUAAUAUUAAUAACUUGUUCAACGAGAGGUGAAAUUAGCUUUUGGGAUGUUAAUGAAAUGAAAACAUUUCUCGUUAUAACGUCUAAUAAAUCUGGAAUCAACUGCAUAGCAACAAGAAUCAUUUCCGAAGAUAGUAUAAUCAUUGCUACUGGAGGUGAUGAUAAUACUAUACAUAUAAAACUUCUCAAUAUCCAAGAUAAAGAUUUUAAAACAGCGAAAGUAACACAAUCUUGGACAACAGAUAAAUUUCAUUGUUCACAAAUAACUGGCAUUUUAAUAAUCGAUGAUAUCUUCGUAUCAACGUCUAUAGAUCAGAGAAUAACAGUUUUUAAAUUGAAAGAGGAUAAUAAAGAAAUAGAAUUUAUUAAACAAAUCAUGACUGAUAUCUCAGAUGUACAAGGAAUAGAUCUAAUCAAAUACUCAAAAAACAAUAUAACAGUUUGCGUGUUCGGAAAAGGUGUAGAAGUAAUAACAAUAGAAUUAAAAGACGAAUAACAAAAUACAUCCAAAACAUCGCAUUUUCGUAAUUUGAAUGUACAUUUUUGGGAUUAUUUGUGAGCAAUUAAGAACUAAACAUCUGAAUCUAUAUUAAUACAGUCUUAAUAAGCAAAGAUUCAAAUAUA